GCAUCAUCACUCUUCGAGUCAUUGGUCGCUUUCUUCAGGUAAUAAUCCUCGGCUAGGGAAGUGAACGCGCUGAGAUUAUUCUCGGACGGGGAGCAGCGCGAGGAGCCGAGUGUCGUGCAGAUGACGGUUGAGCAGCGCGUGAGGAGUAAUGUCCUCCGCUGAGAUAGUUGACAGCUAACGUUAGUCAACAAGCUAACACGAUUAGCUUAGCCUAGAAGCUCAUAAUUACUCGAAACCAACAAGAUGGCAUGACAGUAUAACAAUUACCCGUUGAUAUGUUACCAAUAGGGGAUAUUUAGAUGCGCGUGUAUACACUGAGCGACAUAUGCGCUUUAAAGACGUUCUAGUUAGCUUAACGUAAGUUAGUUCGAUAGCUUUGUUUACAUAUUCAAUUUUUACCACCCAAGUGAUUUAUUAGUGUUACAGAAGCUUGAUAACUUAGUAGCGUCGUUGUAGCUUCCUCUUUGACAGGGCUUGGCUUGUAACAAGUUAACCAAACUUCUUGAGGUUUCGACUAUACUUCGCCACCUCAGUUGAAAAUGAAAAACUGUGAGUAUCAACAAAUAGACCCGCGAGCUCUCAGAACAUCCAGCAGCCGGACCUCCAACACCCUGCCCUGCGGGAGAAAGGGCUCCCAGCGCCUGAAGAGGAAAUGGGAGGUUUUCCCUGGGAAAAAUCGCUUCUACUGUGACGGACGUAUUAUGUUGGCCAGGCAAUGCGGAGUCCUCCCGCUGACCAUCGGCCUUAUUUUCAUCACCAGUGUCUUAUUCUUCACAUUUGACUGCCCUUUUCUGGUGUAUCACCUCACUGUCUUCAUUCCAGUUAUUGGUGGAGUGUUAUUUAUAUUUGUCAUCAUUAGUCUUCUUCAAACCAGUUUUACAGACCCAGGGAUUUUGCCCAGGGCUUUGCCAGAUGAGGCUGCAGACAUUGAGAAACAGAUUGAUAAUUCUGGAUCUUCAACAUACCGUCCACCUCCUCGCACUAAAGAGAUCCUCAUAAAUGAUCAGGUGGUUAAGCUUAAAUACUGUUUCACAUGCAAGAUGUUCCGUCCACCCCGGACGUCCCACUGCAGCCUAUGUGACAACUGUGUUGAGCGCUUUGACCAUCACUGUCCUUGGGUGGGAAACUGUGUGGGGAAGCGCAACUAUCGUUUUUUUUAUGCCUUCAUAGUGUCGCUGUCAUUUCUGACUUCCUUUAUCUUUGGCUGUGUGAUCACUCACCUCACUUUGCGAUCACAAGGUGAGAAUGGUAUCAUCCAGGCAAUACAGGACAGCCCGGCCAGUGUUGUCGAGCUGGUCAUUUGCUUCUUCUCCAUCUGGUCCAUUCUUGGUCUAUCGGGUUUCCAUACUUAUCUUGUGGCCUCCAACCUUACAACCAACGAAGAUAUCAAAGGAUCUUGGUCCAGUAAAAGAGGAGAAGAAUCAGGAAAUCCAUACACCUAUAACAACAUCUUCACAAACUGCUGUGUGGUGCUUUGCGGGCCGAUGCCACCCAGCUUGAUUGACAGAAGAGGCUUUGUACCUCCAGAGGACGCGCCUCAAACUGUGACCUCUGACGCUGAGCUCCCUGCUUUCAUGGCCAAAAAUGACACAAACAUGUGCGCACAGGGCACAAAGGAGCUUUUAGAAUCAAUGGCAAACUCCACAGUGAUCCAGAGCACCUGUGCUCCUGGCAAACCCAAAACUGCCCCGGUUACCCAAGAGAGUCUACUAAAUACUGUCUCCAUAACUGUCUCUCCUCCCAGCAAACCUCCCUCCAACAGCUGCUCGGGCCGCCAGGCUCAACGGCCUAUAGAUGUGCCCUGCUCCCAGAGAGGGCUCAAACGUGCAGCUCUUCACACCCAUAAACCCAUGCUGCGUCUGCAGAGUCCUCUCUACUCCCUCAGCGACAGUCCACUCAUUCUUAGCGACUCUCCUGACAUGAGCUUCAUCCCACUGAACUGAGCACAGUAUCUCUGCCACCAGCAACCUUGUGCAAAUACUCUUCUCUCUGUUACUAGAACAGCAUCACACUUAUUUUAUUAUUUUUUUUUAAAGACUGUGACGUACUAAGCUCAGGAUCCUCUCAGGAAACAUGCCAUCUUUCAACAAAAGAGAAUAAACCUUCACCGUUUUUGAACUUCCGUUAUCAUACAUUUGAUGGAGAGAAUUGCAAAGCUUCUUGAGAAGAUGCUUUUGGUUUUCAAUCCAGUCUUGCACAAAAAUAUCAGCAGAUGAUCAGUGUUUUUUUUUGUUUUUUUUUAAUUUUCAUGGAACUUUGAGCCAUUUCUCCAGCCUUUUGUCAUCCCCUUAGACCUAAUGCAAUAAUUCUUCGCUUUCAAAGGUCAUUUGGGUCUAAAACAAGCCUUACUUUGGAGAUACUUCUAUUAAUUUUGAGUGGUGUUAAAGACCUGCUUCAAUGAAGUCAUUGGCUAAAAAGUAUUCACACCAACAGCCAAGUAGACGCAUGGCAGUUACGGAUCGGAGAGCUCGGGAUUAGUAUUAUUGAGUUUUCCAUGUUUGUGAAGCGCUGUUACUGUUGGUCCAGGAGUCGUUUUCUCCUGUAUAACGUUGUGGUUUCCAGUGAAUUAACAGAUUUCAUAUUUUUGUUAGUUUUGUGUCCUUUUACUACAGGGUUUUUUCUUCUUUAAAUGUUUUUUGGACACCCAAGUGAAAUUUUAGAGUGACUAGUUUCCACCUGUAAGAGAAUUAAUCUAGUUUCUUAUUAGUAGAUUAGAAAGUGAUUAAUCAAAAAGCACAAAACGUGAUGUAUUUUUGAACAUCUUGAACUACUAGUUAACCAUAAUAAUCUCAUUUUAAUAGUCAUGUGGAUGCAAAUGUGGAAGUGUGCUUUUUAGAAAUGUAUACAUUUUCAGUAGCACUUUAAAGUUGUUGGUUUUUUUAAUAUCAAGUCAUGCGUUAGAUGGAUCAGUGUUUCUCAACCAUGUUGGACCACCAGCUCUGCACAUUUUCCAUGUCUCCUUCACCAAACACGCCUGAUUUAGAUAAUCGGCUCAUUAGCAGAGACUGAAAGACCUAUAAUGGGUAUGACAGAGAAAGGAGGCAUCUAAAACAUGCAGUGUUGGUGGUCCUCUAGGAACGUGGUUGAGAAACACUGCGAUAAUGACUUGAUGUUAAACUUUUUAAUAAGCCCUUUAACCUAGUUUUAAAGUGUUAACCAGUGUUAAGUUGAAAAACAAAAUAUCAAAUGUGAGUAUGACUACAAUUAUAAUACAUAUGUUUAAUAAUUACAUUUUUGGAUAAUGAUUUUUGCAUACAUCUUUGAAGGAUAAUUCUCCGAAAAUCAUUUUUAAUCUAGGAAAAACCCUGUUACAUUUCUGACUUUUCAUUGGUGGGUCAACAAUUGCUUUUGAAUUGUUAUUAGUGUUUUAACUAAGCUCCAGUAAAGAACUGUUUUAACUUAAACCUUUUGCCUUGAGAUGAUGGGUUACUGAUGAAUUAUUUACAUCGUCGUCUUUUAAUAAAUAGAAGUCUGGCACAGUAAUAAAUUUGACAGUAUAAGUUGGAGAAAUGUCUUGCACAUUUAAGAACUAAUCCUUAAACUGAUGUCUAUCACUGCCAGGCGUGUCGGAGGGAAAGUAAAAGAAUGUAUAACUUGUGUUUUGUCUUAUUAUCCUUUUUCACCUGAAGACUUAAAGUAAUAAAAAGAAACGUUUUUUUUUCAA